CUGCAACUCUUAAACCCUAAACCCUGAGCAAACAUUUUCCCCAAAUUCAGAAAAAUGCAAUUCGCCUCAAUUUUCCUCCAAACUCACUCCAAAUCGCUCCACCACCGCCUCACAUUCCUCCGCCGCAUGGGCGGCGGCCCUCGGACGUUUCCCGGCGGGAUCAACAAGUGGCAGUGGAAGCGCCUGCACGAGAAGAAGGCCCGAGAGAAAGAGAUGCGUCUUCUCGAUCAAGAGAAGCAGCUCUAUCAAGCUAGAGUCCGCUCCCAAAUCCGUGCCAGCGUCGCCGCUGCUGAAAAUCCUAGUUUGAAGCCCGAUCAAAGCCAGCUCAAUUACGGCCCUAUGACUCCCGAUGAGCACAUCAAGGCUCUGGCUGAUCGGUUCAUGAAGGAAGGAGCGGAGGAUUUGUGGAACGAGAACGACGGCCCGUUGACGGCUCCGGUGAAUAAGGCGGGGAAAGGGAAAAGCAGAUUCUUAGACGAGCCUAUUGAUUUGAAGAAAUUGAUUGCGGAGAGGUCGAGCUCAAAUGGCGGUGAGAAUGUUCAAAAGAGGGGAUUUUUGGGGAAUGUUGGUGUCGGUGUAGCUAAACCGAGGCGGUUUUCUACUUACAAGCAUUUUGGGAAGAUGAACAAUGGAUUGAAUUCAAUUGGAAAUUGUAGGGUUGGAGGUUUGAUUGGAGUGAGCGAUGUGUUUAGUUCGAAUCGUUACUAUUCUGUAGAUGCUGCGCGAACGAAGAGUAAAAGGUUGAAAUUUGUGAAAAAUGGCGAAAAGUCUGUAGUUAAAGAUGGCUCGGAUGCCAAAAGGCCGAAGUGGCCUAGGUUCAGAGGGAGGGGAGUGAAUUCGGAUGAUGAUGACAGUGAUGACUAUGAUGAGGAUGAUGUGGAAAUAGGGGGUGAGAGGAAGAUUACGGGCAGUAGUGCUGCAUUAGGGAAGUAUGAUGUGAAGAGAACAAAGCGUGUGCCGUUGGAAUUGUUGGAGGAUGAGAUUGAUUUGUCUCAGGAGGUUGAGACGAUUAGGGAGGAGAUGAGGCAGUGGAAGAGCAUGCAGGAAGAGGCGAAAGACGAGGAGGAAUCACUACUGAGUGCUAAAAGGUUCGAUGAGUGUGAUGUAUCACCGUUGACUGUCAAAGCACUUGCUGAGGCUGGUUACGUGCAGAUGACCACGGUGCAAGAGGCGACUCUGUCUGCGUGCCUUGAAGGUAAUGAUGCUUUAGUCAAAGCUAGGGCUGGAACGGGCAAGAGUAUUGCGUUUUUGCUUCCUGCUAUUGAAACAGUUUUGAAGGCGACUAGAAAGAGCACUAAUCAGCGGGUGCCGCCCAUAUAUGUUCUUAUCCUCUGCCCCGCCCGAGAACUAGCGAGUCAAAUAGCUGCUGAGGCAAAUGUACUCCUCAAGCACCAUGACGGCUUAGGUGUGCUAACAUUAGUUGGAGGGACGCGCUUCAAAGAUGACCAGAGACGCCUUGAAUCAGAUCCAUGCCACAUUCUAGUUGCAACUCCGGGUAGAUUGCUGGAUCACAUAGAGAACAAAUCUGCCAUCUCCGUGCGCCUGAUGGGUCUGGAGAUGCUCGUACUUGAUGAGGCCGACCGCUUGCUUGACCUGGGGUUUCGUAAGGAUAUGGAGAAAAUAGUUGAUUGUUUGCCUCGCAAGAGGCAGUCGUUGCUCUUUUCAGCUACAGUCCCAAAGGAGGUCCGUCGAAUAUCCCAGCUUGUUCUGAAAAGGGAGCAUGCUUAUAUAAAUACACUGGGGCUUGAAUCCGUGGAGACGAACGCAAAUGUUAAGCAAUUUUAUCUCGUUGCACACCACGACCAGCAUAUUUCGAUAGUGCACCAUCUGUUAAAAAGCCAUAUAUCUCAAGUGCCCGAGUACAAGAUUAUUGUUUUCUGUGGAACUGCAAUGAUGACAUCGCUCAUGUUCUCCCUUCUGCGGGAGAUGAAACUGAACGCGAAAGAGCUGCACUCCAGAAAGCCUCCACUCUAUCGUGCCCGGGUCUCUGAAGAAUUCAAAGAUGCCAAACAAGCCAUUCUGGUCACUUCUGAUGUCUCUGCACGAGGGUUGAACUAUCCCGAUGUUACGCUAGUCAUUCAGGUCGGUAUUCCUCCAGAUCGAGGCCAAUACAUUCACAGACUCGGACGAACAGGCCGACAAGGGAAGGAUGGCGAAGGAUGCCUGUUGCUUGCGCCAUGGGAACAAUUCUUCCUAGACGAUAUAAAGGAUCUUCCUCUCAAGAAACUCCCUUCACCCGAACUAGAUCCUGACGCGAUGCAGAAGAUACAGGAGAAAAUGGACCAGAUUGACACUAGCAUCAAAGAAGCAGCUUAUCACGCGUGGCUCGGUUAUUACAACUCGAUCAACGCCAUUGGCCGGGACAAAACAACGCUGGUGGAAUUGGCGAACCAAUUUGCAGCAUCCAUCGGUCUGGAGAAUCCGCCUGCAGUCUUCCGGAAAACUGCGGUGAAGAUGGGGUUGAAAGGCAUCCCUGGCAUUCAAAUGCGAAAGUAGCUCCGCACUUUUCGUCCUACCAAACGAAAAUAUUCGGUGCCUAAAUUUAUUGGCGUGGCGUGUACAUGUGUAAAAAUUAAAGAUCAGGUAUAUGAAACGAUGUCGUUUAAGUA